AUGGAAAAUGCAAAUGACACCACAGGAAUAAACUUCAUUCUUCUAGGGCUCUUUAACCACACACAGACCCAUCAGUUCCUCUUUUCCAUAGUGCUCAUGACCUUUCUCACCUCCCUGAUGGGCAACACCUUCAUGAUCUUGCUCAUCCACGUGGAUCCCCACCUCCACACACCCAUGUACUUCCUGCUUAGCCAGCUCUCCCUCAUGGACAUGAUGCUGGUCCUCACUAUUGUCCCCAAAAUGGCAGUCAACUACCUGAUGAACACCAGGUCCAUUUCUCCUGUUGGCUGUGGCUCCCAGAUCUUCCUGCUUCUCACUCUGGGAGGGGGUGAGUGCUUCCUCUUAGCAGUCAUGGCCUAUGACCGCUAUGUGGCUAUCUGUCACCCCCUGCGAUACCCAAUCCUCAUGAAUCAGAAGCUCUGCUUGCACAUGACAGCAGGCUCCUGGGUUUUGGGAGGAGUAGAUGGGUUGAUGCAGGCUGGUGCCACCCUGAGCUUCCCUUACUGCCACUCUCGGGAAAUCAACCACUUCUUCUGUGAGGCACCAUCCCUUGUGCGCCUUGCCUGUGCAGACACGAUGAUUUUUGAGUUUUUCAUGUAUGUCUGCUGCAUUCUGAUGCUAUUGAUACCACUGUUUCUCAUAUUGGCCUCCUACAGUCUCAUCCUGACUGCUGUGCUUCACAUGAAGUCCACUGCCACCAGGAAAAAAGCCUUUGCCACCUGUUCCUCCCACCUGGCUGUCGUGGGGCUGUUCUAUGGAACCAGCAUAUUUAUCUACAUGUGGCCCAAAUCCUACCAUUCAGUGGCCUAUGACAAGGUGGUCUCUGCUUUUUAUACAGUUUUCACACCUAUGUUGAACCCCCUUAUAUAUAGUGUGAGGAAUAAAGAAGUCGAUGGGGCUUUGAGAAAGUGA